AUGGCGACCCUGGACGAUAGUCCGUCGCUAUUUGCUGGCCAAGCAUGGGGCAACUGGGCCGACAAUGUGCCUUUUUCGCCAGAAAGUGGUGACGAGAGCUCCAAAACCAGUGACGAUGACACUGACCAUAGUAUGAAGCUCAACAGAGAAGAUAUGGGUCUGUUUGGAGAAUGUCCAUCUCAAGACGAAUUCUAUCUUGUUGUUUGUGAAAAGUGUGACAAAGUUGUCAAACCUAAAGCAUUCAGACACCACUUACGAAAUCGCCAUGGAGACUGUGGAAUUCCAACCACUACCCAGCUGUUGAUGCAGCGGUCAACCCAUUCCAUGUCCAAACUCUCGGCCACCAAUCCAUCUCCAACAAAGUCAUCAUCUGCUUUCAAACUAGGAGCCCCAGUGCCCACAAAGGCUAGUGUCAAAGAGGUUCCUGCUGCAAUCAGCAAUGCACAAAAAAUGGGAGCAGCUCUAAAUGCCAAACUUAGAAAGAACCACACAAUGCCUGUGGUGAAAAUGGAACGAAUGGACCUGAACAAAUACUCUGGCACACAUGCUGAACCUACAGGCAAAGCUCCAUUAACGAAUGGGACGUUAAGUAAUAGUCCUAAUGUUAAUAUGACAGGCAAGACAUUGACUGAUAGUCCUGUCAAAGCAAUUUCACCAAGCACACCUGUAUCACAGUCAAUGACGCUGGCCUCCCUCGUCGUGAGUAGUGCGUCGGUGUCGGUCGCUAGUGCCACCCUGACAACGGCUAUGACAACAUGUGUGACAACAACCAUGACCACCUCUACAGCUCUGGCGCUGGCACCCUUUGUAUCACCUUCUUCCUCUUCAUUAUCAAGUAGUAACAUGGUGACCAGUAGUGUUACUAACAAUUCUGUGCUCAGUGCCAACAGUAGUCUUAAUAGUAGUAGUGGCAGUGAAGUCAGCCUCGGAAGUGUGCCGUCAUCUCCAACACUAACUCCAUGUAAACCCAGCACUCCUGCAGCCACUACUGUAAAAACAGAGCGCACUGGCAGUCUGACUUCAAAAACAGGAAACAGUGUCAGCAGCAGUGUUACAAAAACUGCCAUUGUUAGCAGCAUCAUCAAAUCAGCAAGUGCUAGUAGUGUGUCUAAGACUGGGAGCUUUGGUAGCCUUGCAAAUGCUAGUAGUAGUGUGGGAUCUCUAAGUAAAUCAAUCCGUAGUGGUUCGUCAGCCUGUAAGUCUGGUGGCAGCAGUAAUACUAAUGCCACCAAGAAGAAACCUGUCAUACCUAUUCACAAACCUGAUAAACUAAUCCCAUGUAAAGAUCGUGAAUUUGAUGCAAACAAACAUUGUGGUGUAGUUUUUGAAGAUUCAGGCAAACCCUGCACACGCUCACUCACUUGCAAGACCCAUGCACUGUCCCUGAGAAGGAAAGUGCCUGGAAGGAGAAAACCUUUUGAUGAGCUGCUGAAGGAACAUCGUGCUGCCAAAGAGGCCUUUCUGAAACAGAGAGCUGAGCAAAAGGCUGCUCAGCUGGCAGCAUCCAUGGUGACCUGUGGUGGCAACACUGUGAAGCCAGCACAGUCACAUGGUGCCUCACCGUUAGUGCCACUUGACCGAGGUUUGACCAUGGGUAAGGGUGGCCACCACAGCACUUCAGUAAACACAUCCAAAGAGAGUUCUGUACAAUCACGCCUACUCCAUUCUGGGGCCAUGUCUCCACAGAAGAUCUCAAGGCCUGCUGUCAUCAAACCAAACAAUAUCUGUCUCGCCAGCUCAGGAGGUCUACACUCACCAUUGGCAUCUGCCCAUCGAGAUGAUGUCGGGCCAUCAUUAAUCCCUGCUGCUGACACCCAAAGUAGACUUAGUGAUGGGGAAGGGGAAGAGGAAGAUGGAGAGAUGGACAAACCUGACCGAUCCUAUCUCCCCUAUCAUCCCCGUCCAGCAGCUACUUGUACUUUUGGUGCCCGCCAUCAUACCUUCCACAGUAGGGGAUGUAAUGUGUUCAACAGACGUGUAGAUGUGCUUCGUGCAGCUUUCCUUAAAGUGUUGGAGCGUCAAAUCAACCCACCACCGCCAAAGAAACUUUGUGUGGAAUCCAAUUUACCAAAAGAACCUCAAUUCCUGUCAAAUUCCAAAGAUCCUUACGAGUUUAACCUCAUUGACAGUGCCAUGGGUGGAGCGACACAGCACUCCAAUACUGUAGUGAAUUCUACCAUUGUAAACAAAAACAAUGUGAAACCAAAAUCUAAGCCCUCCAGUAGCAGCAGCAGUCGUAACAAAUCAAGGGAGGGUGCAGCCACUAACUCUGGGGGCUCACGUAGCCCCGCCCACUCAGGAACUUCUACUCCUAGUAGUACAGGGGCUGUGAAACGUAAACGUAGUGGGAGUGGUGGCCCUACCUCUAGUCCAUGUACCACCUACAAUAAUGUCAUAAGUGGCAGUGCCAUGACCAUCAACUCAACUGCACUCAACAGUCAUACCAAUAGUAGUCCCCUCACUGCCAUAGCCAUCCCCAGUGUCAAUCUCAGCUCCGCUACUCUCAGUCAUUUUAAUGCCAACCUGGCUGGCAGCAAAAACCCAAAGAAUAAUGUGCUGAAGGACUUUGGACUAGUAGUGCGCAGUAUAGAUCCUUCAGCAAUAGUAAAUGGCCAGUAUGUGUUAGGAGGAACAACUGCUCAAAUCAUUGACGAAAAAAUGCUUCAACAGACUCACAUUAUCUCUGGUGGGAACAAGGGAAACCAAGCGAAGUUGGUCAAUAGCCUUGAUGCAUUACAGAAAAACAACUUGAUACCUGCAAAUGCUAUCCUUGUUGACAGUCCUAUGCAACCAGGGACAGUGCUUACACCAGUUUCUGUGGGCUCUAUAGGGUCUGUGCCAAGCAAUACAGUCAUAUCCCUAGCCAAUAGUUCCAUGUCUCAGGCUCACCCUAGCCCCUCAACAACUCCAAGCCCACUCUUCAGAUCAGGUUCUCUAAGUCCACAAGUUUCUUCGCCUUUGCCAAAUGGGAUCACUCAAUCAGUGACAGAUAAAAACAGCAGUAGUCACCGCCACACCUUGAUUCACCACAAGGGACCACAGAUGAUGGCCCAGUCAGCACUGCCUGGUGUGUUCUCCACUGCUCAAGUCAUCACUUCAAACAACAACCCACAAGUGUGUGCUAGUCAUGUCUUCACGCAGCUCGCUCAGCUUCAGGUCAAGCCUGGUGCCAAGCCUGGGCCUAACAAGGUCACCAUGCAACCUGUGUCCUUGACCUUUCCAUUGGCAAACCUGGGAACAGUGACAGGUCAGCAGCCUCAGACACAUACCCUAUUUAUUACGAGCAGUGACGACGGUACUCGACAUGAACUACAGCCAGUAUCCAACUCCCCAUCUAGUCUCAUGUCCUAGCCCAGGUUCUUUACUCAAAGCUAUUCUCAUAACUUUAUUGUGUGGCCAUACUCUUUUUUUUUUUUUCUUUUUAAUUCUCUGAAAUAUCUCGACCUCAAUUCCAGGCCUAUUUCAUGAGCAGAUUACCUUUUAA